UUUAUAUUUUACAAACCAUUGUGUUUGUGUUUGUGUUUGUGUUUGUGUUUGUGUUUGUGCUGAGAAAAAAAAAAUGAGUCUCUCUUUUCACUUUCUCAGCAACUUCCUUUAACCGUGAGGUCACGACGGAAAACUCAAAAAGCACCUAUACUCUCCUAAGAAUCCCUUUGAUUCCCACUUCCAAUUCGCCUAAAGAUUUUCCCUUUCUCUCCUUUUCUCUCUCUUUGCCUCUCUGGGUCUUGUCAAAGCUCGCUUAGCCGUCAUGGGUGCCGUCGUCGAGUGCUACCCGUCGCCGCGUACGGCGGUGCUGUCCCUCAACACUUUGCCGUUAGGCUUCCGUUUCCGUCCCACCGACGAGGAGCUUAUUGAUUACUACCUCCGCUCCAAGAUCAACGGGAAUGGGGACGACGUUUGGGUUAUACGUGAAGUUGAUGUCUGCAAAUGGGAGCCUUGGGAUUUGCCUGAUAUGUCAGUGGUACGGAACAAGGAUCCAGAGUGGUUCUUCUUCUGUCCGCAGGACCGGAAGUAUCCGAAUGGACACAGGUUGAACCGAGCUACGAAUAAUGGGUAUUGGAAGGCUACGGGGAAGGAUCGAAGGAUUAAGUCUGGCUCCAUGUUGAUUGGGAUGAAGAAGACUCUGGUUUUCUAUACUGGUCGUGCUCCCAAGGGGAAGAGGACCAAUUGGGUUAUGCACGAGUACAGGCCUACCCUGAAGGAGCUUGAUGGAACCAAUCCUGGACAGAAUCCAUAUGUCCUUUGUCGAUUAUUUAAGAAACAAGAUGAGAGUAUUGAAUGUUCAAACGGUGAUGAUGUGGAACGGAAUACUUCAACUCCUACAACUGCCAAUUACUCUCCAGACGAAAUACCAUCCGAUUCAGCUCUGGUUCCAGCAUCUUCCUCACAGGUUACUGAAGAUGAUAAGCCUCCAGCAGUUAUCACUGAGAACUCUGAGGAAGCGAUAUCCAACAUUAUAUCUCCGGGUGAUUGCCAUAGUGAUGGAUGUGAUGCUCCCCGUGCACUAAAACACAUUGUAGAACCAGCUGCUGAGGAGGAUCUGCCAUUUGAUGUGAACAUAUUUUUUAACACAACUGAGCCAUUGGAUGACAAAUUAUUCUCUCCUGUCCAUGCGCACUUCCCACAAGAAAUUUAUUAUCAAACUAACAAUCAACCCGAACUUCAGUAUGGUACAAAUGAGACAAAUUUUUCAAACAUUUUUGAAUCGAUUAAUUGGGAUGCGUUCUCCUAUGAUACUAGCAGUCUAGAUGUGAGCUCAUCCUUGCUUAACAUUAAGGACAAUGGAUCAGGCAGUGACUCAGAUGUCGAAAUGGCCAAUAUAACGCAUCUGCAAGGGUUUGAUUAUCCUAAGGCGGCAGUUGAGCCAAACAGCAAUGUAGGAUUGUUUCAGAACAAUAACCAGAUGGCUUUCUCAAAUGAUGAUAGUAUGGGCCAAGUGCACAAUGUGGUCAACAAUUAUGAGCAACCAAGAAACUUUGAUACAUUUGUUAAUGGUGAUACUGGAAUCAGAAUAAGGGCUCGUCAAGGACGAAAUGAGCCAAACAUGAACAAGGUGGCACAAUUGCAAGGUAUCGCACCUAGGAGAAUACGAUUGGGUGUCGUUAGGCGCCCACCUGGUUCCCUGACGAAAGAUGAGAAUUGUGCUUGUGCCCCAGAAGACCAGAAUUCAAAAUCCAUCAUUUCUGGGGAGAGGAAGGCUUCUGAAAACCUUGCAGCUGAUGAGAGUUCCACCGUUACUAAUGAUGUGGAUGAACCAGAGAAAGCAUCAGCUGAGUCAGCUGACAUAAGAAAGACAAAUCAGCAACAUUUUGCAACUGUAAAAUCCAUCUCGGGAGUGAAAAACAGCCGCUACACAUCAAAGGUUUCCUUUAACCGUGCCAUGUGGUCUUAUGUUCUUGCAGUUUCCGCCAUUGUACUGGUCUCAGUAAUACUCCUUGUUCAGAUAUGGGGAUAUGUCAGAUCUUAAACUACUUACAAGUAGUGGAUGAUUACUUUUGUGCGGAAUUUGCCUCCGUUGCUUUUUUGGCCAGUUAAGGAGGCGUGUAGGAACGAAUGACUUCUUAGAGACAUGUUGAUAAGAAUGUAUCAUAUAUGUAUGUGCAUAUAUUAUGUAGUAGUCCUUGCAGAAAACAGGAUAUGGUAACAUAGCCCCGUCUAGUGUGAUAGAGACGUGUUGCAGUUAGAUUCAGAGUUUGAUCAGUUCCAUUUUUGUUUUUGGGGUGUAGGGUAGUUUUCCUUGGGGGGGUCAUAACACGCUGUUACCAUGGGACAUUGAUUUUCACUUUACCACUAGUGCUUCGUUCCCAAUUCCCAUGUGGUUUUGUUGUAUCUCUUUUCGGCUAUGUUAACCAAGGAGGACCAUUUUCUGUAG